UUUGAGACACCUAACAGACUCCUCCCGACAUUCGUGCUCUCUCUCUCUCUCUCUCUCUCGCCCUUCCCAUUUAUAUAUAUUUUCACACUACAAAUUUACUCAACACCCACGCCAAUUACCUCUUCCUCCCUCUCCUUCCACACCUGCAGUUUCAGAGAAAGAGAGUAAAACACACAACCUCUUUCUGUUUCGUCAUUCAAUUUUGAUCCUCCCUCUGAAACGAAAUAUUCUCGAAGAAGUAGAGAGAGAAACUGCGUCAAAUAUGAACGGUUUUGAUUCUCCCAAUCAGGAGUCAAUAAAGAGAAGAUGGCAAGAUGUUAACAGAGUUUCCACCCUACACUCUACUAGACUUGUGUCUACCGCUGUUCCGCCUUCUUCUUCGCCGUUUAUGCCGAAUGGUGUGAUGAGGUCGUCGGCCCCGGGGCGAGUAUUUCCUGGCUUCGACGAUGAGGAUCUGGUGUCUGCUGUGGUUCCGGCGGUGACGGUGGUGCUGGAAGGCCGUUCGAUCUGUCAGCGCAUCAGUCUCCAUCAGCAUGCAAGCUACCAGAGUCUGGCUAAAGCGCUGAGACAGAUGUUUGUGGAUGGUGCUGAUCAUGCCACGUCAGACGUCACAGAAGAAGAUGAUGAUCUGAAUCUUUUGAAUGCUGUUCCUGGUCACCUUGUUGCCUACGAAGAUAUGGAAAAUGACCUUCUUCUCGCCGGUGACCUCAACUGGAAGGAUUUUGUUCGUGUGGCAAAGAGAAUUCGGAUAUUGCCGGUGAAGGGGAAAACAAGGAAGGGAAGAGAAGAAUGGGCGUAGAUCGGGAGCUGCUUGUGUCUUGGGAAUCAAAUUAAAAUUAAUUAAUAUAUAAAAAUAUAAUUGAAAAAAAAAAAAAAACGAAAUUAAGAAGUUGAAUUUGGUAAU